AUGGAAAGUCAGUGUCUGGCUUGUGGAAUGCCGAUUGGCUGGCCUCCCCUUCAUUUCCCCGAUCCAGCAUCAAAUAUUGCUGAGAUCUUCGACGAACGCAAUCCUCGCGCGUGGCUGAGCAUCUUUCGCGUCAUUAUCAUUGAAUGGAAGGAUGAUAGUCUCAGAGCUGAAUACCGUCUGACCGGCUCUGGCGUGAUCGAUGCAUACCACGGGUCCUAUUUCUAUUGCCCCCCCGACCCGAAUAUCGAGUGGAGGUACUAUCGCCAUAACACAAAUGGAUACGAUAGGGACCGCUUGGAACGGUACUGCAUAGAUGAGUGGCUACAUGACGCUGAGAUUAUUAUUCCCGCUUUGCUGCUAGAACCACUUAUGCCUGCGCCAAAACGUAAGCGCGGCUUUCCAAUCCAUGACCGCUGCUGGCGGUUUGCGCAGUAUAUUAUGGGGGAGGAUGUGCGAGGUGAUAUCCAGAAUCUGUUGCUUGCCAUGCGAGUCGCGUGGAAUGCCGAUCUGUUCCCAUUCGGACUGGAUCGCAGACUCCGAAGAUAUUCUCAUUGGUGUUUGGAAUUCCCUUACUGUUUCACCCUUGGUUACUGCCGACAGAGAGAUCGCCCUUGUCGUAUUGAUGCCUAUUGGAACCCGAAUGCCAACCCGGAGCUGGAAUACACGGAGUAUGAUCCAAUAUGGAUCCCGGAGCUUAGGAGGGCCGUCGAGGAGUGUCGGCUGGACAAUUCGCAGAAGCAAACUACACCCACCAUGCCGGUCGAGUCACCAUAUCUCCCGCUAGAGCUUAAAUUAUGUAUUCUGGACCACCUGCCUUUCAACGACAUGGUGGUAACUCUGGAAGCCACGGGGUGGAAGCUACCCAGCACCUACUGCCGUGGCUUCAUUUCACAAGAACUGAUGAUUGAGAUAGAGGAAGUCACGGUUGGUCCUUCGUCGCUAUCGGAGUUUGAUUGGACCAAGCUUCUGAUCCUCGAAGGAAAACGAGACAUGCCGCGUUAUAACGGUCUACGCAGCCGUAGAAGAAUCAUGGAUGUAAUGAAUCGUCACAAAAUUGCCUAUGAUGACAUACGGACUGCGAGCACACAAACAUGA